AACACCCCUAUUACUCAGUUUCAUCCAUUUCGAACUUCAGCCAUGUUUGAAAGUAAUGUCAACAGAGGUUCGGUUUGUAAAAAUUCAUUGGGCGAAGCAAACUUGUAAUUUGCCUCAAUUUAAAUGCAUUUGGCUGGAGAAGGAAUGAUUUCUGCUUCUGGUGGAUAGUCUUGUGUUUUAAAGAGCUUUGGCUGCGAGCAUCAUGGACGAACGAAAGAGGAGAGAAAAUCUCGAGACUUACGUUCGAGAUCCUCGGAAUGAACUGUACAUUGAGGGGCUUUUGGAUGGAAUUCAGUCGCUGGUGUGCGAUUGUGAUUUUCCAGCCCUUAGACGCAACAAGAAUGUCGAAAACUUCCUACAAAGAUACGAGAAACCUAGUAAAGUAAUCGAAGAAUGUCGUAUGAAUGCAAGCGACUUCAAGGUCGUAAAAGUCAUCGGCCGUGGUGCUUUUGGUGAAGUUCAGUUGGUGAGGCAUAAAGCAUCGAAAAAAGUGUAUGCGAUGAAACUUUUAAGCAAAUUUGAAAUGAUUAAAAGAUCUGAUUCAGCUUUUUUUUGGGAAGAGCGUGAAAUUAUGGCUCAUACUAUCAGCCCAUGGAUUGUUAAGUUACAUUUUGCUUUUCAAGAUGCAAAAAAUUUAUAUAUGGUUAUGGAUUACAUGGCCGGAGGAGACUUGGUGAAUCUUAUGAGUAACUACGACAUUCCUGAAAAGUGGGCCAAGUUCUAUGGCGCUGAAGUGGUGUUAGCACUUGAUGCUAUUCACAGCAUGGGAUUUAUUCACAGGGAUGUAAAACCAGACAACAUGCUUCUGGAUAAACAAGGUCACCUUAAGCUUGCAGAUUUUGGAACAUGUAUGAGAAUGGAUAAGGAUGGUAUGGUUAGAUCAGACACAGCUGUUGGUACACCAGAUUAUAUCUCUCCAGAGGUUCUCAAAUCCCAAGGUGGUGAAGGUUACUAUGGCCGUGAGUGUGACUGGUGGAGUGUAGGGGUGUUCUUAUACGAGUUACUAAUUGGUGACACUCCGUUUUAUGCUGACUCACUAGUAGGAACCUAUGGAAAGAUUAUGGAUCACAAGAACUCACUUCAGUUUCCUGAUGACAUUGAGAUUUCAAAAGAUGCCAAGAGUUUAAUUUGUAGUUUUCUUACUGACAGAACCCAAAGAAUUGGUCAGAAAGGAAUAGCAGAAAUACAAAAGCAUAAAUUUUUUGUCAACGACCAGUGGGAAUGGGACACCAUCAGAGAGGGUUCGCAUGUAGUCACGGCAUCGUCGCUCGAUGGUGCUGACAUGAACACCAAAAAUUUUGGCAACUUCCUUCAAACAGAAACCUCGCUCCAAUGGGGUAACUUUCAAGGCAAGUCAGGCUCAGAUGGAAUGGUGAGGAUGGAUGGAAGUAGUUCUGGUGGUGGGAAUGACAGUCAUUCAAAGCUUGAAGCAGCUAACCGCAGAAUCAGAGACUUGGAAGAGCAGGUUUCUUUGGAAAUGCAAGCUAAAGAUGAGGUGGAUCAUAAUUACAGAGUGGUGAGCACCAAACUAGAGAAAGUCAUGAAAGAAUUAGACAAAGAGUUGGAAACAAAAAGAACAGUGGAAUCAUCAAACAGGGAGCUUGAAAGAAGUGCUGCAAUGUUUAAACAUGACUUAAAAGAGGCACAGAGAAGGUCUGAGUUUGAUGCAGAAGCUAAGAGAAAGCUUGAAGGUAAAGUCCAGGAACUUCAAAACCGUCUUGAUGCAGAGCUUGAUGCACGGGAUAGAAUUUCCCAGUCAUCACAGAGUGUCCAGUCUAAGAUAACCCAACAAGAGAAACAAAUCCAUGAGCUGACAGAACAACUCAGGGUGGAAACUGAUGCACACACCAAGAAUAAAAAAGUAUAUAGUGAUUUACAAAAGUCUUACACAGUGAUGGAAAGAACUUAUGGAGAUUUACAGGACAAGAAUAGAAUCAUAAGUGAACAAAAGCUUAGCUUAGAGAGAGAACUUAUCAAGGUCCAAGGAAAUCUCGAAGCAGAAAUGAACAUGAGAGGCCAAGCAAACAGUGCAAAAGCAGACAUUGAAAGCCAGAACAGAGUAUUGAAAGAGGAGCUUGACCAUUUAAGGGCUCGAUCAGCAUCAGAUGCCAGACUACAACAAAAACUUCAACAGGAUCUAAUUAAUCUAGAGAAAGCAAAGGCUAACACUGAGUAUGAACUAAAGUCCAUCCAGAAUAAAUUUGACAAGAUCACCCUAGAAUACAAGCAACAACUCGCUAGUUAUCAAACAGAAAAGAACAGAUUAUCACUAACAUUGGAAGAGAGGACUGAACAAGAAAGGGCUGAGCAAAGUAAAACGCUUGAAAGACUCGAGCAGGAGUUGGUGAUCAGAGAAAAGGCUGAGGCAGCAGCUGCUGAGGCUGAGAGAGAAAGAUCAGUUUUAGCUGUGGAUCUGAAAGACAUGCAACAAAAACUGGAGAGAUUAAAACAGGAGUACAAUGCUCUACAGGACAAGAAUAAAAGUCUGAAUGCCACUUUAGACACGGAGAACCAAAGGAGAACACAACUAGAAAGUGACUUGAAAGUGAAUGCCCAGGAAAUAGCUGCACUUAGGGCAACAGAGAAGCAACUUACUAAGCAAGUGGAAGAUCUGUUGGAGGAAAGAAAACAUUUAGAAGAUGCUUGUACAAAACUCAAAAGUGCAAGUGCCGUGGAUGAUCUUCAAAUGAAAGAGCUUCAAGACCAACUAGAGUCAGAAACAUACUUCUCGACUCUGUACAAAACCCAAGUGAAGGAAUUGCGAGAGGAAGUUGACGAAAAAACGAAGCAGCUGUUGGAUAUGAGCAAGGAGUUACGUCAGAUGAGUGACGACAGAGAGUCUCUCUCUGCCCAGUUGGAGUUGACUUUAACCAUGGUGGACUCUGAACAGCUUGCGAGGUCCAUCGCCGAAGAACAGUACUCGGAUCUAGAGAAAGAAAAAACGAUGAUUGAGCUAGAGGUCAAAGAAUUGAUUGCAAGACACAAGAGCGACAUGUCAGAAAAAGGGGCUCAGAUAACUCAGCUGGAAGAACUGAACCAGCAACUGACAGGCAACUUGGAGCAAAAAAUGACUGAUAGAGAUGAGCUCAAUUCCAAAAUCAAGAGCUUGCAAGAAGAGCUGGAAAAAUCCAAAGACAACAGCAAAGAUAUCGAAGGCGCCACCGAGAAUUUACGAAAGCAACUGCAUAUAGAGAAAACUUUGAAGAUUCAGGCAGUGAACAAACUUGCUGAGAUAAUGAACAGGAAAGACCUGAUGCAGACCGCGAGUAGGAAAAGAAAAGCUACUUCCGACGACCUACGAAAGAAGGAGAAAGAAUGUAGAAAACUACAUCAAGAACUGGGAGCGGAACGGGAGAAGUAUGGUCAGAUGGUGACAAAGUUCCAAGGGCAGUUAGCGGAAUAUCAGAUGAAUCUUCAGAUGGAGACGGAGCAGAGACAGAAAAUGCAGAUGGAGCUGGAUUCCAAAGAUUUAACGAUCGAAAGACUGAACUCUCAGCUUAAACAAAAGGCGCUAAAUACGAGCAUAACUGAAGACGAUUCCCUCUCCGUGCCAGUCCAUAUGCCCAAAGAAGGAUGGGUUUCUAUUCCAAACAAACAGAAUAUAAAAAGAUAUGGUUGGAAGAGACAAUAUUUAGUCGUUAGCAAUCGCAAGAUAUUUUUCUAUAACACGGAUGCCGAUCAUAAAAGUAGUUCAACACCCGCCAUCAUUUUAGAAAUCAGUAAAUUAUUUCACGUGAGAUCAGUAACGCAAGGUGAUGUCAUACGUGCCGAUGCCAAAGAUAUUCCAAGGAUAUUUCAGAUUUUAUACGCUAAUGAGGCCGAGAGCAUUAACCCUGUGGAAAAAGACAAGGAGGACCUGCAGUCUGAGGAUCGGAUGAAUGCCAUCGACUACAUGAGGCAUCAGUUCAUACCCAUGCACUACCACAUGCCUACUAAUUGUGACUCUUGCAGCAAACCUCUGUGGCACAUGUUCAAACCUCCUCCAGCAGUAGAGUGCAGACGUUGUCAUUUGAAGUGCCAUAAAGACCAUGUCGAUAGAGAAGAAGCCUGUAUCACCACGUGUAACCUUAAUAUGGCCCUCAUCUCAGCAAAGGAACUGUUGGUGCUCGCACAGACCGCGGAUGAACAGAAACAGUGGGUGCUAUACCUCAGCAAGAAAAUCGUUAGAAAGGAACCGAAAAUAAAAAGUGCUUCCGUAAGACUUUCUGGAACCGAGGAAGCGAACAUGAGAAGAAACGUGGCAGAAAGGAGCGCUGCCUCACGGCCUGGUGGCCCCCAGCGGUCGGUAUCUGUUUCAUCAGGAAACAGGAAGAUUACGUGACUUAAACAAAAGCCGGCCUAAUCUGUUAGCCGAGACUGUCGUCGUGAGUGAACUUAAAAGUAAAGCCAAAAAGGAAUAAAUGGAAUCAGUGUAUACUUUAAUGAAACAUAGUAGUGAUAUCCAGCGGUCAUCGGCACCAAACUUCUUGGUCAAACAGCGUGAGUGGUCUCCCUGUGGUCUAUAUUUGCCAGUUUUGAAAAGCAUCAGCAUGAAAGACCCACAGGAACCCCCGCCCUCUUAAAGCAAGGCUUUCAUCUAAAAGCUCAAGCUGUCAAGCUUAGAUGUAUGUAACCCUUCUUAGCCUUGGCCCAGUGGAUUCAAGCGACAUACGUAAAAUGUCCUUCGCCAAGAAUUACUUCUUCUCUUUUCAAAAUGAAGCAAAUCCUUGUAUUUCAAAAUAAUCCAAAGGUUUUAUUUUUACACCAUUGAAGAAAGAUCUCUCGUAAUACUGGUUAAGAGUAUCAGCUACGUCGAGGCAGUGAUGUGAAAGUGUUCAAAUCAUUGUUAAUUCUGAAUCAAGCUCUAGGUAUUGUCCUGUGAUCUCGCAACAAAAGGCAUGUAUAAUUAUUGUCCAUGCGAGCGAAACUUAAUAUUUAUUUGUAUCGGAAGGCUCAUCAAGUGUAAAUCUACUUGAAACUGUGAUUGUUUAAAAGUACGAUAAAUUGGCGAUUACUUCAAAAUCCAAGGAAAAUGGCACUCGUUUAGUGGAGCUUCAAGCAAGCUGUUGAACCAAGUACGACUUCCCACGAUGACAGAGAAUUUUACAAAACGAAGAAACAAGGUGCAUGGUAUUGGCUUCGAUUUUGAUCUGCGAGAGAGUCCAGCCUAAAGUUAAACGUUCAUUGGAGGUUACUGAUUGUUAUUUGUAUUAAAAAGUCCGACUUCGUUAGUGCUAGUAAUUUAUUGGUCGGAUGGUAUGAUGUAAUCGAUUUAAUUACUCUGAUAGGGAACAAAUAAAUUUUUUGUUGUUCUUUGUAUGUCAUAUCACAGAGGCUAUGAAUAGAUCAUUUAAUAUUAGCUAGUAGUUUGAUGCUUGUAAGUUAUAAGCUUUUGUUGUUCCUGAUUUCUGGCGUUUUUUGCCGACAAGAUGUAGGAAACGUGAAUAAAUUUUAGAUUUUUAUA